AGGAAGGUCACACCAUCCCUCACCAUCAUCAGGAAGAAAACUUGAUCAAUAUCAAAGUUGAGAUGAAAGAGGAAGAAGAAGAUGGGGAGAUCACACCUGUGAUGGUGAAGGAGGAGGAAAUCCCAACAGAAAUCAGCGCAGAUGGACACUACAUGAGGAGAACUUCAGAAGAAGAUCUUUAUUAUAAAUCAGAAUAUCGGGACAACAGACGAGAGGCCCCAGAAGAAGGCCUCCUCUACCCAAAUGUCCACCCAGUAAGUCGCUGUGAGAGAAGACCAACUGAUCCCCCCAUGGAGGAAGCUUCUGCGGAGGAUCUUAUACACAGCAUGGGUCAGGUUUUCCCUUGCUCCAAAUGCGGUAAAUGUUUCACCCAGAAUGCAGAGCGCGUUCGCCACGAGAAACUCCACUUGGGUGAAGAAGCGUUUCAGUGCCCCGAAUGCCAUAAAUGCUUCCCGAACAAAGUGGCCCUCAACAGACAUAAGAAACUUCACACUCCCAACAAGCCUUUCCAGUGCCAGGAAUGCGGCAAACAGUUCUUGUACAAAUCGACCCUCCUGCAUCACCAGCUUUUGCACCAGGCCGAGAAGCCCUUCGCCUGCCAAGAGUGCGGGAGGAGCUUCAUACAGAAGGCCGACCUUCUGGUGCACCAGAGGGUCCACACGGGAGAAAAGCCUUUCCAGUGCUCGCAAUGCGGUCAAAGCUUUUCCCAGAAAUCCCAACUCACCCGUCACGAGAGGUUCCACACGGGUGAAAAACCGUUCGCCUGCCAGGACUGCGAUCGCAGCUUCAGAGACAAAAAGGACCUGACGGUCCAUCGGAGGAUCCACACGGGGGAGAAACCGUUUCAGUGCUCUGAGUGCGGACGGCGGUUUUCCCACAAACCGCGGCUGGUACGCCAUCAAAAGCUUCACUCCGGGGACAGGCCCUUCCCCUGUCCCGAGUGCGAGAAACGCUUCGUACAGAAAACCGAUCUGGUCAUCCACUUGCGAAGCCACACGGGCGAGAAGCCUUUCCCGUGCCCGGAAUGCGAUCGGUGCUUUGCCCAAAAAUCCAAGCUCCUCCGCCACUGGAGGCUCCACACCGUCGAGAAGCCUUUCUCCUGUUCAGAGUGCGGGAAAUGCUUCACGGACGAGUCGAUGCUCGCCGCACACGAGAAGGACCACCUGGAAGAAAAGCCAUCUUCUGGGCCCAAGGGCGGGAAACUUUUUCAAAAACAGCCCAGGCCUCGCUCCGACGACCAGUCCUACGCUUGCACCGAGUGCGAAAAGACGUUUCCAUGCAAGGCCAGGCUUGUCCAACAUCAGGUCUUUCACACGCGGGAGAGGCCCUACCCCUGCCCGGACUGUGGGAAAUGCUUUCCAUAUAAGUCGUAUCUCGUCCGGCACCGGAGAACCCACACCGGCGACAAGCCUUACCCGUGUCCGGAGUGCGAUCGGCGAUUUGCCGAAAAAACCAAGCUCGUCCGCCAUGUGAGACUUCAUACGGGAGAGAGACCCUUUUACUGUACCGAGUGUGGGAGAGGCUAUACGCAGAAGCAGAGCCUCGUCCAACACCUGAGAAGUCACCAAGAUGGAAGGUCCACGUCUUGACCAGAGCCGGGGAGAAGAGCUUGGUGGCACCUCAUUGGAAGGGGCCACAUGUAAGAAAAACAACGCAUAUGAAAGAUGAUCGCGUUGGUCAAACUUUAAGUAUAUGUGUGUGUAGUGCUGAUAUAUUUUAUUUGUAUGAAAAUACUCAACUUGUUGUCUGGGGAUUUUUUCAGGUCAUGAUAAAAAAUACUUCUCUAAGACUGGUCCAUUUUGAAAAGCGAUCCACCAUGUUGCACCCUUUGCUCUGCCACAUUGGUCCUACAUUGAUCCUACAUUGGUCCUACAUUGAUCCUACAUUGAUCCUACAUUGAUCC